AUGGCGCUCGUCAAGAAGGAUGAAAAGGACUAUACUAUCAAGCCAGCGGCCAGUGCCCCUGCUCCUGACACGAGCGACUGGCCUCUCCUUCUGAAAAAUUAUAGCAACCUCCUCGUUCGCACCUCUCAUUUUAUGCCGAUACCCAUGGGAUGUGCCCCUCACAAGCGCGAUCUUAAGCAGUACAUCAGCUCUGGCGUGAUUAAUCUCGACAAGCCGUCCAAUCCUUCCAGUCAUGAAGUCGUGGCAUGGCUCAAGCGGAUGCUCAGGGUCGAAAAAACUGGUCACAGUGGCACCCUCGACCCCAAAGUCACUGGCUGCCUCAUCGUCUGCAUUGACCGCGCCACCCGCCUUGUGAAAUCGCAACAGGGAGCAGGAAAAGAGUACGUGUGCGUGAUUCGCCUCCAUGAUAAACUCCCUGGUGGUGAGGCUCAAUUUGCUCGAGCACUGGAAACCUUGACUGGAGCCCUGUUCCAACGACCACCUCUCAUCUCUGCUGUAAAGCGCCAACUGAGGAUUCGUACUAUCCACGAGAGCAAGCUCUAUGAAUUCGACAACGAUCGGCACUUGGCGGUCUUCUGGGUCAGCUGCGAGGCUGGAACCUACAUUCGUACCUUGUGUGUGCAUCUUGGUCUCCUGCUAGGCGUUGGUGCACAUAUGCAAGAGCUGAGAAGAGUAAGGAGUGGUGCAAUGGACGAGGAGAAGGACAUGGUCACUCUACAUGAUGUUCUCGAUGCCCAAUGGAUGUACGACAACAAUCGCGACGAAUCGUACCUUCGCACUGUCAUCAAGCCACUGGAGAGCCUUCUUACGACAUACAAGCGAAUCGUCGUCAAGGACAGCACGGUGAAUGCUAUUUGCUAUGGUGCGAAGCUCAUGAUACCAGGUCUCCUCCGUUAUGAGAGUGGCAUUGACCAACACGAAGAAGUUGUCUUGAUGACUACCAAGGGCGAGGCUAUCGCCAUUGCUAUUGCACAAAUGUCGGCGGUCGAAAUGUCAUCUUGUGACCACGGUGUUGUGGCGAAAAUCAAGCGCGUCAUCAUGGAAAGGGACCUGUACCCAAAGAGAUGGGGAAUGGGACCAGUGGCCACAGAGAAAAAGAAGCUCAAGGCUGAUGGCAAACUUGACAAGUACGGGCGGCUCAACGAAAAUACUCCGGCCAAGUGGAAGGCAGAGUACACCGACCUUGGAGGCAAUGCUCAGCAAGAACGUAUCGAGGACGUCCCUACGGCUGAGACCACCUCGAAGGCAGACGGUUUGGCGGCCGCACCCGUACCACCAACGGGCAAUGAGGCCGAAGCAGCCUCACCAGCCGACGUCAACGGCGACACGAAGAAAAAAAGGAAACACGAGGACGAGACCCCUGAGGAGAAAGCUGAGCGGAAACGCAAGAAAGCUGAAAAGAAAGAGAAAAAAGCGAAACGGAAGUCCAAAGGAGGAGACAGCGAUAGCGAUUGA